CCUGGUGUCCACUCAGCCUCCCUCUGCUUCUCUUCAUCAGACCAGUGUCUCUACUCAGCUCAGCCUUCUCUGAAUACCACUGAGAGGACCGGCCUUUCACCUCAGCACAGAAUGCCUUUCGGAGGGGGAAACAAGUGCGGCUGCUGCCAGAAAACCGUCUACUUCGCUGAGGAAGUGCAGUGCGAGGGGAAGAGCUGGCACAAAUCCUGUUUUCUGUGCAUGGUCUGUAAGAAGAACUUGGACAGCACAACAGUGGCCGUUCACGUGGAUGAAAUCUACUGCAAAUCAUGCUAUGGCAAGAAAUACGGGCCUAAAGGUUACGGUUUCGGAGGAGGAGCCGGCACUCUGAGUAUGGACACGGGAGAAGGACUUGGAAUCAAGCCUGAAGUACAAGCGCCUCAUCGCCCUACAACUAACACCAACACCUCAAAGUUUGCCCAGAAACCAGGGGGCUCAGAUGUGUGUCCUCGAUGUGGGAAAACAGUGUACGCAGCCGAGAAGGUCAUCGGAGGAGGCAAUUCCUGGCAUAAAGCCUGCUUUCGCUGUGCCAAGUGUGGCAAAGGACUGGAGUCCACGACUGUGGCUGAUAGAGACGGAGAGAUCUUCUGUAAAGGUUGCUAUGCAAAGAACUUUGGUCCCAAGGGAUUCGGCUUCGGUCAGGGAGCAGGAGCUCUGGCUCAUUCCCAGUAAAGCCUGAAGCCUCGGCCCUCCCCCGGGACCGACAUCUGCGCCGUGAUAUCCUCGCUUCCAGGAUCCUUCAGUCAAUACCCAGCCCAUUUCACUCUGCCCUUCCUGCUCCAGCUACAGGAGAAGAGGAAUCAAAGAGGCUCAAAAACACGCAGCUUUUUGUACGAGUUCACCGGCAGAUUUUGCGCCGUGUGUUGAAUUUGGAUUAUGAUAUCCUCAGUUUUAAAAAAAACAAAACAACAAGAUAUCACGCUUAACAUUUUCUCACACACUGAAUUCUAACUGUGUUGUUUGUGUGUGUUCAGACUUCUUAGAAGAGAACAAAGAAAGAAAUUUAACUCUGCUAUUGCAACACUAAGAGACACUUGCAUUGUAAUAACUGAGUUUGGCAAAUGUUGAAUUUGAUUAAGAUCGGGAUGAUUUAUCGAAGCAAGAACAAAAGGAGAUCAACACGCUGAAAGGCUGACAGCUGUGAAAAACAAACAGCAUUAUGCUUCACUUACACUGAAUAAAACUUUUUUUUUGUUUCUGCCUUACAUGCCAAAUGGUAUAGAUACAGUUUUAAGAAAUGCGCCACUGGUAAGACACAAAAUAAAUAUCAGACAAAAACAAACAAAAGCUGAUGGAAUAUUUUCUUCUCAUUGCCCUGUGACACAAAAUCUGGCACGCCUCACACAGCUGUCAUUGUUUCUUUUUGUGGUUCUGCUGUGAUGAAAUCAGUGUGUAUGUUUAUGCGGUCCUGGGCGUGCUUCUUAUUCCUUGUAAUCAUCAUCAAACAGAGCAAAAUGCCUGCUGUUGUGGUGAACAAGGGAGGCGCAGUGCUCAGACCCGUCUCUGCCUGCGCCGAGGAGGCACAGUGACCCAAGUGCCAGGCAGCUGUGGCGGUCGGGACGUCUGUUUGUUUUGGCACCGACUACAACAUGUGAGUCACGUCAAUGGCAAAAACUCUGAAAUCUUAAGUCUGAAAUCCUCCCUAAGAUGAAAGUAUUACACUGGGAUCUGAUCCUGAGCUUUAUAUACGCUGUGAUUUAUAAUGAAUUAGUGGAAGAAAAAUGCGCUUCAUCUCCAGCCUUGCAGAAAUCUUGGAUGUAUGUUUCCUCUGAAUGGUCAGCUGUAUAUCACACCAGAAUAUACCAGACAUGUAUAGUUAUACUCCCUUCUGUCCUUUGCCCACCAGAGGGCAACAGAGAGACCAGAUGGGUCAGUCAGUCAGAUGAAAUAAUUAUCUAUAAUAAUAAUAAUAAUAAAGAUAAUUUACAAGAAGUCUUCUCUUGAAGUAGUAUUGUUUACUGGGUAUGAUUUACUACAGUACAAUUUGAUUUUAUCAUUUCUAUCAAUUGCAAGAUUUUCAAAUGUUGCUUUCUGAGGUUUUUGUAUUCUCAUAAUAAAACAGAACUAUUGUGCACA